AUGUAUAAAAGCAUUCAACACGAUGAAAUAAAAAGCUACAAGGAAAUGAAUCCUGCAGAUUCAUAUAAAGCUCUUGUCAAAAAUAUUGCCACCUUGGAUUUUACGGAAGGGCAUGUCCCCUGCGACCUGCUCCUCACUGGUGACAAAGCUUUUCCAGUUGUGGUGAAUGCAGAAGGCCAAGUUCUUAUUGCAGCUUCUCAAUACGGAAAGGGUCGUCUAGUUGUAGUCACACAUGAAGGAUACAUAUCAAGUCCUCACUUUACACAGUUCAUUGAGAAUGCAAUACAAUGGCUAAAGCCAUCCUCAGAUUCUUUGGUGGGGGUCCACAAGAAUUUCCUUUCAACAGCACAGUUGCUCUCUGAAAAAGGCCAUUCGGUUGAGGCUACCUAUGAGUUCUCUGAUAGAUUUGGAGUUUAUUGCACCCAUGCCGAUGAUGACAGACAAGCUAAUGAACUCAUCAUGGCCCUAAAAGAAGGCUGCGGCCUAUUAAUCGGAGGCCAAGCUUGGUACUGGGUGACCAAAAACAAAUUUAUGGAUGUCCUCCUGGAUUUUCCUGGGAACAAAGUGACAAGUGUAGCUGGCAUACAGUUCCUGAGUAAUUACGGACAAAAGGCUGUUAUAGCUAUAACUCCAGAAAUACCAAUAGGUUCCCUUGUUGUAAAAUACAAUUGGGAUAUUUCUGAAGAUAUGAAGCAACUGAUGAACGGAAUAACUGAAUUACGUUUAUUUGAGAGUGGAACGCCAUCUCAUCUGCUACUUCAUGGUCAGAGGGCUUUUCCCUUGGUUCUUGAUGAGUCUAAUAAGACAUAUCUCGCAGCUUGUUAUUACGGAAAAGGUCGAGUGGUUGUUGCAACCCAUGAGCAUCAGAUUAGCAAACUCCACCAAAUGCAGCUUAUUCCCAAUCUAAUCUCGUGGUUGGAUGCUGGACGAAAGGGAGAAAUUGGUGUUCAAAGAGAUUUAAAGGAACUCCAGGUUCUCCUCAGUGAAGUUAAUAUUAGAAGCCAACUCUCUGAUAUGAACAAAGAACUCAGUGUUUAUUGCUGUACAUCUUAUACCGACAAAGACUCUGGGAAAAUCCUGGAGUUUGUUGCAGAGGGUGGUGGCCUGCUCAUUGCAGGACAGGCAUGGUAUUGGUCUUCUCAAAAUCCUGGCAUUGAUGAAAUCGUCAACUACCCUGGAAAUAAAAUCAUUAACCAAUUUGGAAUAAGUAUUGUGGCAGAAGGAAAUGCAACAAAUAAGCUUCAAGCAUUAAAUAAUAACGACCCCUCUCAGAAUUACCAGUGUCGGAAGGCUCUUUUCCAGUUGCAAAAGGUGAUUGACAACAAUCUAGAGAUCAAUGCUCCUCUCUCCUCUUGGAUGACCAGACUGGCUGAAGACUGUGCAACAAUCCUGGAAAUUCCAGAGAACACCAGCCAUGCCUUUUAUCCUUUUAAAAACAUACUUACAAACCUUCUUCUGAAGUCGGGCAUGCCAGCGGUCAGUAAAGAACGACCUGUGAAGGGUGGAAGCAUAGAGGCCUUUCUGUUGAGAUUGGCAGCUGGUAUUCAAAACACACUCCCCAAUUUUGAUAAAGUAAAGCAACAGCUGAUACCAGAGACAUCAACUCUUCCUGUUAGUCCUCCCCAGAGGCUAGAAAUCAAUGGUACCAAUCAAGGAUUAACAGCUUGGAGGAGUACUGGACUUUAUGCUCCCCCGGGAAAGACCGCUACUGUGAAUUUUCCGAUAACUGCUGUCAACGUCGGCCUUGAGGUGCAGAUUGGCUGCCAUUCAGAUGACCUCAGUUACCUUCCAGUACUGAAGCGCCCUCCAGUGGUGAUACAGAGAUAUUCAGUAAAUAAAGCCACUCUAGCCGUCUCUAAUAUCUUUGGUGGUCUUAUCUACAUUGUCAUUCCUAGCGGCUGUAGCAUUGGAAAAGUACAGAUAACCAUAGAAGGAGCUGUGCUGGCACCUUAUUUCAAGCAUGGAGAAACCACUGUAAAAUCCUGGGUGGAAAACAUACGCCACUAUCCUGCCCCAUGGGCAGAACUCAAAACUGAAAACAUCAUUUUUACAGUCCCAUCUGAGAUAGCUGCUUCAUUGCUAAAUCCUGAAGAACCACUCUCACUCUGGAGUAGAAUCACAGCAGCAACGUUUGAGCUGUCUGGGCUUCCUGCUGUUCCUGUUAGACCAGAGAGAUUUGUAGCAGAUGUACAGAUAUCACAAGGUUGGAUGCACUCUGGUUAUCCUAUAAUGUGUCACAUGGAGUCAAGUAAAGUAUUUCUAGACCAUACUCAAAUUGCCAAAGGUACAUGGGGAGCUACCCAUGAACUAGGACACAACCAGCAGUUACGUGAAUGGGAACUUCCACCUCACACUAAUGAAGCUAUGUGCAAUAUCUGGGCUGUUUAUGUGCAUGAAAAUGUUUUGGGCAUCCCACGUGAAAAUGCCCAUUUUGAACUAAAGCCACAGAAUAGAGAAAAAAGGAUCAAAGGGCAUUUAGGAAAAGGUGCACCACUGGAAGAAUGGACUUUGUGGCUAUGUCUGGAAACCUAUCUACAGCUUCAGGAAGGCUUUGGAUGGGCUCCAUACAUUAAAUUGUUUUCCAAGUAUCAAAACAUGGUGGGUGUUCAGAAUGAAAACAUUUUCAAGAUGAAUCUUUGGACUGAAUUAUUUUCUCAAGAAGUACAGAAAAACUUGAUUCCAUUUUUUAAGACUUGGGGUUGGCCCAUUGACAAAGAAACAGAAGAAAGGAUCUCCUCUCUGCCUGGAUGGGAUGAAAACCCAAUGAAAAAAUAUCUCCCGUAG